CACAGCCUUUGCUCCUCUCAGUGGACCAGUGCAGGUUUGGUAAGGUAGCACCGCAGCUGAAAUGACCUGUAACAUGCUCCUCUCUUGGGCUCUUCUCCUCCUCUCUAUUGGCCCACUGCUGGCACACCCUGUUUCAGCCUCAGCGGACAUGCCUUACUCUGGACCAGACUCAGUGGAGGAAGGUGGAGCAGAGGAACUCUCCGUGUCGGAUGUGAGCAGCCUCCUCCAGAGGGCAGCCGCUUUGGGUUACUCCCCGUUGUUCUCCAGAGAGGGUCUCAGGGUGACAGGGCUGCUGACUAAAGAAGCACCAAAAGAGGUUCUGCUGGAGAAUCCAGGCCAUGUAAGCUCUCUUGGCCAUCUGCUCGGCAUUAAACGACCUUACAGAAAGCGGGCCAAUGGAGCUGACUGCUUCUGGAAGUAUUGUGUUUAACAAUGGCACAUGAAAUAUCUCACUGGACUAAGAGACAGGGCUUGUUUUCAGUGUCAGCAUAUCUACACAUAUGUACAUACACACUUUCACACACUACAUACACUCUGUCACAUAUCUG